CAACGUCAAUAAAUAACGAUGGCAGAUUACAACCUAGACAGUUAAACAAAUCAAAAUAUCGUUAUUUAGUGAUGGCAUUAGUUCUUAUUUUAUUUUUUUCAUUUAAAGUGCUUUUUAAAGAAAAUAAUCUUCAAUCUGAUGAAGGUUUUAAAUAUGAAAAUGAUGAAAGUUUUAACUAUGAAAAUAUUGGAAAGAAGUUUAAUUCAGGUUCUGAAAACUUAUCGUCGCUCAAUAUAACAGAAAAAGGUGUAAUGUCUGAAUAUCGUGUCAUCAUUCGUAAUCUCGGCUUGAUAAUGAGCAUGAGUGAUACUGUC